AUGGCCCGUCUCCGGUCCCUUUUCAACGCCCUCGCAGUGGCACAAUUCUGUUAUGCCGAGGUCGCCAUUCCCAAAUCCGCGGGAUACACAGCUCUCAGCGCCCCGAAAAUGAUCAAAGGGGCCAAUGACUUCAAAAUGUGGGAGUUUGACCGUGGAGUGAAUUGCGAUCCGUCCAAGGAAUACGAUGAUUCGGCCUCAACGUUUAUCCUGGAAGAUGGUGCUUCCAUCUCGAAUGUCAUCUUUGGAACGAAGCAAAUCAGUGGCGUCUUUUGUUUGGGUUCUUGUACCUUGACGAAUGUCUGGUUUCGAAGUGUUUGUGAUGAAGCCGUCCAAGUCUACGGAAAAGGCAACGCCCUCAUCGUUGGCGGAGGAGCCAACAACGCACCCAACAAAUUCGUCCAACACGAUGGCUCAGGCACCGUCACCAUUCGCGGAGGCGAAUAUUACGGCAUCAGCCAUCUCUACCGCAGCUGCGGGAAUUGCCCCAACAACAAAGAGCACUCGCCACGACAGGUCAUUAUACAGAAUAAUAAAAUUCACAAUGUCAAGAAUGAUGUUGCUGGCAUCAAUCCGAAUUUCGGAGACACAGCCCAAAUCGAAAACAACUGCGGGGAAAACAUCGCCUCCAUUUGCCAACCGUACACGGGCAUGGAAGGCUCAAGCCAUGGGCGAUCGUUGAAGAGCACGAAUAAAAAUUCUUGCCAUGGUGGUCAAGGAAUGGCGACGAAAUUCCCUGCGUGUAGU